UUUUUAAUCUGUAAAAAACAUCGCUCACUUCACUGUUCAUAUUGACGCAGCAACUCUUCUCUUUUCUCCUUCAAACCUUCACCAGUUCACCUUCUCUGCUCAAAUUGGAUUUUCGCUGAACGAGUUAACUGCAUUCUCGAAUCUUCCUCGGUUUCCUAUCUUCGCUGAACGAAUUACAUUUGUGCGAAGGUAAAAUUGUUGUUUAUCAGAGGAAUGCCCACAAAGAUUUGCAAUAAAGCUGAAGAUCACCCUCAGGGAAAGACAUUUUCGAUGUUGCAACAAGUUGGAAUGGGAUUUGAUGACCCCCCCUCUGGGUUUGGAGGCAAUGAAUUUUCAGAGACAUCGAGACGGACUCCUGUUCCCCAGAUUAAAUGGAAUUGUCCUCCCAUGUUUAUCUUAAAAAAUGACUGGCAUGUGGUGGCUGGUGAAUUCAGUGAAGAGAUUUGGACCCAAAAGUGCAGACAAAUGGAAGUGCUUGAAGCUGUGUAUCCCCACCCAUGUGAUGUUCCGCCAAGCCCAUCAGUUUCGCCAGGUCUGGAAAAAUGUGACUGUGAUGAUCAUAAAACCCCUGUCAUCCCGCUUAUUCCUAUUGAGGAGGAAGGUGCAGUAGAUCAUGAGUCACCACCAUGCCCUAUACAUGCAUGCUCCAAUUCAGUGGCUAUGAAACAAGAUGAUGUAGAAGUGAGGUUAGCAGAACAUAAUACUCCGGAGAAAUUAAAAGUGAUCAUCAAUGAGAAACCAAUUGGUUUAUCUACUGGUUUGGAUGCUGAUAUUGUUGCUGCGGCUUCUGCUGCCUUCACGGCCAUAAUGAAAUGCAAUGAGCAGGGAAGCCUAAUUGACACUGAUCUUCUCGUCAAAAUCCUAAGUGAUCCGAAAAUGAUUGAGGGAUUGCCAAAAGUUGUAGGGGUUUCUCUAAGUACAAAGAUAACUCCCAUCUAUGAUGCACUGAAGCUUGCAACUGCAUCGGUACCUUCUCCCACCAAAGUACAGAGCACCGUGCUCCAGAAGCCACUGGAUGAGACCUUCACCAUGCAAAACUUUGUCGAACAAAAGGUACGACUUGCUUCAGAUACAUUCUUGAUUUCUGAAACAAUCCAAGUUCCAACAUUACCCUUGUCCGAGGCAAAACCUCUACCAUCAGCACAAGCUAAUGAAUUUUCGAACCAGUCAAACUCAACAUCUUGGGCACCCAUGUCAAACCAAGAAUCUCCUUUGGAUUUACCAUCUAGGCCUGGCUAUUUACUCAAAAAUUGUCAACCUAACAUGGUCUUAUCAAUAGAGAAAGAGAACCAGAGUCUGCCGCUAGAAGUACAUCCAGUAAGGAGCUCUUCACAAAGUUCAUACUCUCCAGUGGAUGGACUCGUAGCAUCUUCUGUCUCCGUCAAGACCCCACUUGUCAAGGAUCUAAAUUACUACAAGAGCCUUAUCAAACUACAUGGAACUGAAAGUCAAGCUAGUCAGGAAGAGCAUAUACAGCAAUACAGGUUCAGAGCAUCUAAACUGACAGCAGCAUCUGGACAAGGAGAUGUGAAGGCAAAGAUACAAAGACCGUGCAAAUUUCUUAACAGCUCAAGGGGGUGCAGAAAGGGAGUAAACUGCCCUUUUCAGCAUGAUUCAUUGCUAAAGCCGCGUGCUGGAAGCAUACCAGAUACUCACAGUAGUAAGAAAUUAAAAAUCGGUAAGUAACUUACUUGAAGAAGGUAAAUAUGGCAAUUUUGCUAGAAGUAUUGUAGUCACUGAUUUACUAGGAUGUUUAAUGACUAGCUGUAUCUAGUGUUUUCUUCUUUUUCUUUGUGCUAGCUGUAUCUAGCAUUCUACUUUUCGAGUUGUCAACUUAGGCCGAAUAAAAUUGCUGGCGUUCGUUGGAGUCCGUGCAUCUUAGCUUAUUGUGCAUAGUUUUGAGGAGAAAAAGGAAUUGGAAUACUGACAGAGAAUGAUUUUUUUUCAAGGAAA